UCUCUGGGUCCUGGUCUUGACUUUUCUCAUUGAGGCUACCAGGCAGCAGUAGUCCGUGCCCAAGCCUGCAGGACGGCUUCAGAAGGAGCAUGUCCAGUGCUGGGAACGGAUGUGACCAUGAACCCCGGUGCCUCCUUGUCUACUUUCACGGCAGUGCCCUUCCCUCCACCCAUUCCUGGCGCCCAGCACCGGCCACCCUGGCAGCAGCACCUGCCACGUCCCAUCACCCCAGCAUUCCCUCCUGGCAGCAGCCUGCUGCUGCCAGCUUUCCCCAGGACGCCUAUGGUGGCUAAUGGUGGCCGUGGCCCCAGUGCCCCUGGGGCUUGCAACCUCACUGUCGAAGUCAGGUCACAAGGGAGGACAGUGGAGGCCCCCCAGACUCAGACCUCUGUCGUUACUCAGGCCCCCCUCAACUGGAGCGCUCCAGGGGCCCUCAGCAGGAGUGCUGCAUGUCCUGCACCCGAAUUCAUAGCAACCCCUGUGAUGGGGACCGUUGUGACUGCUUCAGCUGUUGGAGUUAGGCAGGCUGGCAAGGGAGGCUGGACCCCAGGCUUUCCUCCUCAAGCUCCACCACCAGCUGCCCAGCUGGCCCCUAUCAUUCGCCCAGUGAACUCUGGGCCAUGGCCACAUGGCGCUUCCAGGGAGGGCCGCCUGGCCACCAACCAGUCCAACGCCUCGCAGGAUGGCUCCUCUAACACCCAGAGAGAGUACAGUAACUUCCGACGUUGGCAGCGCAUCAAACCCCUAGCCCGGAGACACUUUCACCUGAGUCCUGAUGCAGAAGCUUUUUCCUGCUUUCUCAUCCCAGUGCUUCGAUCCGUGGCCCGCCUGAAUCCCAACAUGCCGCUGGAGGAGGGACUGUGGAGGGCCGUGCAGGAAUGGCGGUGCAGAAGCAACCCUGACCGGGUGAUCUACUACGAGAGGGCGGAAAAGUUCAUGGAAUUUGCAGCCGAGGAGGAGAUGCACAUUCAGAAUUUGCAGUGCAUGCAGUGCGCGCAGGACCUGCCUCCUCCAGCCCCACCGAAGCUGGAUCCUCGGGGGCCCCCAGCCCCGGAAUGGCGGCGCUUGAGCAACCUUGACCGGAUGAUCUACUACGAGAGGGCGGAAAAGUUCAUGGAAUUUGCGGCCGAGGAGGAGAUGCACAUUCAGCAUUUGCAGUGGAUGCAAUCCCAGGGGAACCCGGAGCCCAAGGCGCCGAAGGAGAUUCCCCCUGAGGCUGUGAGGGAGGAUGUGGAGAGGAUGGAGGUGCUGGUGGGACCCGUCCACUCAGCCAGCGGCAAGUCACAUGCAGAAUGUGGAAAGGACGGAAAUGAGCUGAAGCAGGAAGAGGACGACACCUACUUGGACCCGUGUCUCUUGAGCUACACUGACGAGCUGCGUUCCCGGGAACACUCUGUCACCAAGGUGGAGGCAGUCAUUCAUCCUCGAUUCCCGGCAGAAUUGUUUUCCCCGGACCCACAGCUGGAUGUCUUGGCCCUUGCUGAGGAGCUGAAGCAGGAGGAAGGACUCACCCCUGAAGAACUGGUGCAGAAACAACUCCUGGACUUGAAAGAGGAGGAAGGUGGGCCGGCAGCCCCGAGCCACAGUGCACGCGGAAUGGGCUCAAGUCCAUCUGAGUCCCACGCCGGCCAAGGUGCCCAGAGGCACGACCAAGACCGCCAUCGAGGGGUCAGUGAUGAAGCCUGCCCACCAGAGAUUGAUUUUGAGGCUCUUCAUAGGCCCAUCCGAGCAGACACUGGCCCAUUCGGGCCCAAAGUCUUUGUUCCCUCUCGAGGACGUCAGGAGGUCUCUCCAUUCCGGGCCGGACGGCCCUCCCCUCCCCAGGGUCAAAGGCGCACUGGCCCUCUACUGGGACCCAGGGAUGCGUCUCUUCUCAGAGAGGCGUCUCCUGUUCCGGAGGCCCGAGGGCCCAGGGACGCGUCCAGUGAGCACGAGGAGGCGCUCCACAGCCUGGCCUCCCUCUUGGCCUCUCCGCAGAGCCUGCCGCCUUGCCGGCUGUCCCAGAGUCCUGCCCCUGCCUCAGGCCUGGCCUCCCCUGGAGGUUGGGGGGCCAGGAGUGCUCCCCAGGCCCCCUCCCCUCAGAGAAGAGGCCCCAGCCCAGCUCCACCAGCCGCUCCCAAGUCGAGGAAGCGGGCUCUGUGUGGGCGCCCAGCCGCUGCUGAGAAGCUGCCCAUCCCCGGGGCUGGCCACGGGGUCUCUGCGAGGCCAGCCUUUGCUCUGGGGCUGGUUCGCCCCUCACAGCCGAGAAAGAGAAAGCGUGACCCGUUUGUCACAGGGAAGAGGAGGAAGAAGCAGAGGAAGCACUGCAGCCAGUAGGGAACAGCCGGGCCGGCCCUCCAGGGCGAGCCCCCCAGGGCGGCCCCCAGGGGAGCCUAGGGGCUCCUCCUCACCCCAGAGCUGA